CCAGAGUCGAGAGGGGAAGCUCUCGCGAGAUUUGUGUCUUACCCCUUUGCGCUUCACUUUUCGCUAGGUCAAGAAGAUGUCGGAGUCUGAGCUCGGACGGAAGUGGGACCGGUGUCUGGCGGAUGCGGCCGUCAAAUUCGGUGCCGGCCUCGGACUGGGGAUUGUAUUUUCUGUCGUCUUCUUUAAAAGAAAGACGUGGCCCAUCGUGUUCUCCUCCGGGAUCGGUGUAGGAAUGGCGUACUCAAACUGCCAGAACGACUUCCAGUCUCCGUACCUUCUGCACGGCAAGUUUGUCAAAGAUCAGUGAAGCUUCAUGGAGAGCAGCUGGACAUCUGGAUCCCUGCACGACGCACCAGAGCCCCGGCCGCCAACGCGUUCUCUGCCUUCAUCUUCAGCUCGCAGUCAGCGUUUGUUUUAUAUUUUCUGUCACGACAAAUAGGGUAAUAAAGGGAGAGAUCUGUAA